ACACAACAAGAUGGCCGCCGCGCCGCUAGGCACCUGAAGGGAGUGACGGGCGCGCCUCCGCCCGGCCUCCUCCCGCGGGCCCGCUCGGCUUGGCUUCUCCGCGCUAAGUGCCAGGUCUGGUCGCAGGAGUUCCCCGGGAUCCAGACGGAACGGUUUUGGUGGACACUUGGCUGCUUGCAAUGAGGAAAGGUUCUCAACAAAAAUUUCCUAAGUCGAAGAUGCCAUCAUCAUCUCUUAUGCCCAAUAUGAGAUCUAGGUCACUUUCACCUUUAGGUGGAUCCAAGACUCCACCUUUUCAUUCUGGAGGACAGUGGUGUGAACAAGUUGGGAUUGCAGAUGAAAACACUAUACAAUUGAACUACCACGACCGUAGAGAAGCUGGUUCACAUGCAGGAGUCCGAUACAUUACAGAGGCUCUUAUAAAAAAACUUACUAAACAGGACAAUUUGGCUUUGGUAAAAUCUCUGAACCUUUCACUUUCUAAAGAUGGUGGCAAGAAAUUUAGGUAUAUCGAAAAUUUGGAAAAAUGUGUUAAACUUGAAGUACUGAAUCUCAGCCAUAAUCUAAUAGGGAAGAUUGAAAAGUUGGAUAAGCUGUUAAAAUUACGUGAACUCAACUUAUCAUAUAACAAGAUCUGCAAAAUUGAAGGCAUAGAAAAUAUGUGUAAUCUGCAAAAGCUAAACCUUGCAGGAAAUGAAAUUGAACAUAUUCCAGCAUGGUUAGGGAGGAAGUUAAAAUCUUUGCGAAUCCUCAAUCUGAAAGGCAACAAGAUAUCAUCGCUUCAAGAUGUAAGCAGAUUGAAACCACUUCAAGAUUUAACUUCUCUGAUCCUAGUUGAAAAUCCAGUUGUGACCCUUCCUCAUUAUCUCCAGUUUACCAUUUUUCACCUCCGUUCACUGGAAAGUUUGGAAGGUCAGCCAGUAACCACUCAGAACAGACAGGAAGCUUUUGAGAGAUUCAGUUUAGAAGAAAUAGAAAGAUUGGAAAAAGACCUGGAAAAGAAGAUAAUGGAAACUGAAGAGCUGAAGAGCAAACAAACAAAGUUCUUGGAGGAAAUUAAAAAUCAAGAUAAAUUGAACAAAUCAUUAAAAGAGGAGGCCAUGUUACAAAAACAGAGCUGUGAGGAGCUAGAGAGUAACCUAAACACGAAAAAUGAAUUGCUAAAACAGAAGACCAUGGAACUAACGCGAGCAUGUCAGAAACAGUAUGAGCUGGAACAGGAAUUGGCUUUUUAUAAAAUUGAUGCCAAAUUUGAGCCACUAAAUUAUUAUCCAUCAGAGUAUGUUGAAAUUGAUAAAGCCCCAGACGAAAGCCCUUAUAUUGGCAAAUCCAGAUACAAGAGAAAUAUGUUUACCAGAGAAAGUUACAUUAUUGAUAAAGCCCAGCCAAUAAAGAUCAAGAAGAUGGAGCCAGAUGAAAGUGAACAAUCUAUAAAUGAGCAGAAGAACUUGAGAGUCCAUAUGCCACUAGACAUACAGCUGGAAGACAAAGAAAGAAAAAUAAGUGCAGCACAAACUCGACUGUUGGAACUGCAUGAUGAAAUAGAAAAGGCAGAAAAACAAAUUUUAAGAGCUACUGAAGAAUUUAAACAAUUGGAAGAAGCUAUACAGCUUAAAAAAGUUUCAGAAGAAGAGAAAGACCUUCUUUUCAAGCAGUUGAGUGGUAAGAUACAACUUCUAAAUAAAUUACGCCAAGAAGCUCUGGAUCUAGAAAUGCAGUUGGAGAAGCAAAGGCAAGAAAUUGCUAAAAAGCAGAAGGAGAUCAAAGACCUUCAUAUAGCCAUAGAUAGCUUGGAUUUUGAAGACCCAAAACAUUGCCAUAUGAAGGCUCAGAAAAGGGGUAAAGAACAACAGCUUGACAUUAUGAACAAGCAGUACAAACAACUUGAAAGCCGUUUGGAUGAGAUACUUUCUAGAAUUGCUAAAGAAACUGAAGAGAUUAAGGACCUUGAGCAACAGCUUACUGAAGGCCAGAUAGCAGCAAAUGAAGCCCUGAAGAAGGAUUUAGAAGGUGUCAUCAGUGGAUUGCAAGAAUACCUGGAGACUGUCAAAGGCCAGGCAAGUCAGGCUCAGAGUGAGUGCAGGAAGCUACAGGAUGAGAAGGAGACAUUGCUGCAGAGGCUGACCGAGGUUGAGCAGGAGAGGGACCAACUGGAAAUAGUUGCCAUAGAUGCAGAAAAUAUGAGGAAGGAGCUUGCAGAGCUAGAAAGCGCCCUCCAAGAGCAGCAUGAGGUGAAUGCAUCUCUGCAGCAGACCCAGGGAGAUCUCAGUGCCUAUGAGGCUGAGCUCGAGGCUCAGCUGAAAAUACGUGAUGCUGAAGCCAAUCAGCUCAAGGGAGACAUGGAAAAAUUAACAAGUCUUAGCCAGUUAGAACAACUAGCCCUUCAAGCAGAACUUGAGAAGGAGAAGCAAGCCCUCAAGGAUGCCCUCGGAAAAGCCCAGUUCUCAGAAGAAAAGGACCAAGAAAAUAGUGAGCUCCGCAAGCAACUUAAACAGCUGCAGGAUGACAAUAACCUAUUGAAACAGCAACUUAAAGAUUUCCAGAACCACCUUAACCAUGUGGUUGAUGGCUUGAUUCAUCCAGAAGAAGUGGCAGCUCGUGUGGAUGAGCUACGGAGAAAACUGAAAUCAGGAGCUGGGGAAAUGAGAAUCCAUAGUCCUUCAGAUGUCUUAGGGAAAAGUCUUGCUGAUUUGCAGAAACAAUUCAGUGAAAUUCUUGCAUGCUCCCAGUGGGAAAGAGAGGAAGCACAAGUAAGAGAGAGAAAACUCCAAGAAGAAAUGGCUCUGCAACAAGAGAAACUGGCAAAUGGACAAGAAGAAUUCAGGCAGGCCUGUGAGAGAGCCCUUGAAGCAAGAAUUAAUUUGGAUAAGAGGCAACAUGAAGCAAGGAUCCAGCAGAUGGAGAAUGAAAUUCACUAUUUGCAAGAAAACCUGAAAAGUAUGGAGGAAAUCCAAGGCCUUACAGAUCUCCAACUUCAGGAAGCUGAUGAAGAAAAGGAAAGAAUUCUGGCCCAACUCCAAGAGUUAGAGAAAAAGAAGAAACUUGAAGAUGCCAAAUCUCAGGAGCAGUUUCUUGGUUUAGAUAAAGAAUUAAGGAAACUUAAAAAAGCUGUGGCUGCCUCUGAUAAGCUAGCCACAGCUGAGCUCACCAUUGCUAAAGACCAGCUUAAGUCCCUUCAUGGAACUGUUAUGAAAAUUAACCAGGAGCGAGCAGAGGAGUUGCAGGAAACGGAGAGGUUCAGCAGAAAGGCCAUGCAAGCAGCCAGGGAUCUGACUCGAGCAGAAGCAGAGAUUGAACUCCUACAGAAUCUUCUCAGGGGGAAAGAGGAGCAGUUUCGUAUUGAGAUGGAGAAAGCAGAUGUAGAUACCACAGGAGCAGACUCACAGGUGCUGGAAAUGGAGAAGCUGAGUGAGACCAUGGAGAGGCAAAGGACAGAGAUUGCAAGGCUGCGGAACUUACUAGACCUCACUGGGGCCGAUAAAGGAAACUUUGAAAACAUUUUGGAAGAAAUUGCUGACCUUCGACGUGAAGUUUCUUAUCAGAAUGAUUACAUCAGCAGCAUGGCAGAUCCUUUCAAAAGACGAGGCUAUUGGUACUUUAUGCCGCCACCAUCAUCAUCAAAAGUUUCCAGCCACAGUUCCCAGGCCACCAAGGACUCUGGUGUUGGCUUAAAGUAUGCAGCCUCAACUCCCAUUAGAAAACCACAUCCUGGGCGAUCAGACCGGAAGGAAGGCAGUGGACCUCCACCUGCUUCAGGAUACUGGGUUUAUUCUCCCAUCAGGAGUGGGUUACAUAAAUCGUUUCCAAAUAGAGAUGCAGACAGUAGAGGAGACAGCCCAGAAGAGAGCGAGCUGGAUGACCAAGAGGAGCACCCAUUUGUGCCUCCUCCUGGAUACAUGAUAUACACUGUGUUUCCUGAUGGCUCUCCUGUGCCCCAGGGCAUGGCCUUGUAUGCACCACCUCCUCCAUUGCCCAACAAUAGCCAACCUUUCACGCCUGGUACUGUUGUUUAUGGCCCGCCUCCUUCUGGGGUCCCCAUCGUUUAUGGACCUCCACCCCCCAACUUCUCCAUCCCCCUCAUCCCUAUGGGCAUGCUGCAUUGCAAUGUUCCGGAACACCGUAACUUAGAGAGUGAAGUUUCUAGAUUGGAAGACAUAAUGCAGCACUUAAAAUCAAAUAAAUGGGAACAGUGGAUGAGAGUAUCCAAGCAGCAGUCUGAGAAAGAAAUGGAAGAACUGCAUCAUAAUAUUGAUGGUCUUUUGCAAGAGAAGAAAGACUUAGAGCAUGAAGUAGAAGAAUUACAUAGAACCAUCCAGAAGCAUCAACAGCGAAAAGAUUUCAUUGAUGGAAAUGUGGAGAGUCUUAUGGAUGAACAAGAAAUGGAAGAAUCACUCAAGCACCAUGAGGAUAUUGUAGAUGAAAUUGAGUGCAUUGAGAAGACCCUUCUGAAACGUCGAGCAGAGCUCAGGGAAGCUGAUCGACUGCUGGCGGAAGCUGAGAGUGAACUUUCAUGCACAGAAGAGAAAACCAAAAAUGCUGCUGAAAAGUUCGCUGAUGCCAAGAGAAAGUUAUUGCAAACAGAGAAAGAUGCUGAGGAAUUAGAAAGGAGAGCUCAGGAAACUGCUAUCAACCUUGUCAAAGCCGACCAGCAGCUCAGAUUGAUCCAGGCUGACACGAAGGAUUUGGAGCAGCACAAAAUCGAACAAGAAGGAAUUUUGGAAGAAAUAAACAAGGUUGUUGCAGCAAAAGACUCAGACUUCCAGUGUCUAAACAAGAAGAAGGAAAAACUGACCGAAGAGUUGCAGAAACUGCAAAAAGACAUCGAGGCCGCAGAACGCAAUGAGGAUCAUCACUUACAGGUCCUUAAAGAGUCAGAGACCCUCCUGCAGGCCAAGAGGGCAGAGCUGGAGAAGCUGAAAAGCCAGGUGACAGCUCAGCAGCAGGAGAUGGCUGUCUUGGACAGGCAGUUAGGGCAUAAAAAGGAGGAGCUGCAUCUACUCCAAGAAAGCAUGGUCCAGGCCAAAGCUGACCUCCAGGAAGCCCUGAGACUGGGCGAAACUGAAGUAACUGAGAAGUGCAGUUAUAUUAGGGAAGUAAAAUCUCUUCUGGAACAAAUGAGUUUUCAAAAAGGAGAACUGAAUGUCCAGAUUAGUGAAAAAAAAACUCAACUUACUCUUAUAAAGCAGGAAAUUGAAAAAGAAGAAGAAAAUCUUCAGGUAGUUUUAGGACAAAUGUCUAAACAUAAAACUGAACUAAAGAAUAUUCUGGACAUGCUGCACCUUGAAAAUAAUGAACUACAAGGUUUGAAACUACAGCAUGACCAAAAGAUGUCUGAGUUAGAGAAGACUCAGGUUGAAGUAUUAGAGGAGAAACUGGAGUUAGAGAAUUUGCAGCAGGCAGCUGUGCGACAGAAAGGGGAAAUAGAGUGGCAGAAGCAGCUCCUCGAAAGGGACAAACGGGAAAUAGAGCGAAUAACUGCUGAGAACCGAGCAUUGCAAUCAUGUGUUGAGUCUUUGUGUGAAGAAAAGCAAGAUCUGGAAGAGAAAUGUGACAACUGGGAAAAGAAGUUGGCACAAACCAAACGGGUUUUAGCAGCUACAGAAGAAAAUUGCAAAAUGGAGCAAUCGAACUUAGAAAAGCUGGAAUUGAGUGUCAGAAAACUGCAGCAGGAGCUAGACCAGUUAAACCGGGACAAGCUCUCUCUGCAUGAAGACAUGGCAGCAAUGCAGCAGCAGCUACAAGAAAAACGAGAAGCAGUAAACUCAUUACAAGAAGAACUAGCUGAUGUUCAAGACCAUUUGAACCUAACAAAACAGGACCUGCUCCACACCACCAGGCGGAAUGAUGCACUGGUCAGUGAGCAGACCAGGCUCCAGAAGGACAUCAGUGAGUGGAUUAAGAAGUUGGAAGACUGUCAAAAAGAAGAGGAGACAAAACAGCAACAGCUUCAAGUGCUCCAGAAUGAGAUUGAAGAAAACAAAGCCAAACUAGCAGAACAAGAAAUGAUGUUUCAGAGACUCCAGAAACAGAGAGAAAGUGAAGAAAGAAAAUUAGAAGCAAGUAAAGCAACACUGAAGGAGCAGCAGCAGCAACUGGAAAAGGAAGUUACAGACCAGCAAAGCAAACUGGACCAGGUGCUCACAAAGCUGCUGGGGACAGAAGAGCGUGUCAGGACUCUGCAGGAAGAGGAGAGGUGGGGUGAGGCCCUGGAGAAGACGCUCUCCCAAACCCAACAACAGCUCUCAGAACGGGAGCAGCAAUUAAUGGAAAAGUCAAAUGAGCUGCUGGCUCUCCAAAAAGAGACAGAUUCAAUGAGGGCCGACUUCAGCCUCCUGCGGAACCAGUUCUUGACGGAAAGAAAGAAAUCCGAGAAACAGGUUCUCAGCCUGAAGGAAGCACUUAAGAUCCAGCGGAGCCAACUGGAGAAAAACCUUCUCGAGCAAAAGCAAGAGAACAGCUGCAUGCAGAAGGAAAUGGCAACAAUCGAGCAGGUGGCCCAGGACAACCACGAACGGGCCAGGCGCCUGAUGAAGGAGCUCAGCCAGAUGCAGCAUGAGUACACGGAACUCAAGAAACAGAUGGCAAACCAAAAUGAUUUGGAGAGAAGACAAAUGGAAAUCAGCGAAGCAAUGAGGACACUUAAAUCUGAGGUGAAAGAUGAAAUCAGAACCAGCCUGAAGAAUUUCAACCAGUUUCUUCCAGAGCUACCAGCAGAUCUGGAAGCUGUUUUGGAAAGGAACGAAAACCUAGGAGGAGGGUUGGAAAGCUUGAAGGAGAACUUUCCAUUCACCAUGAGUGAGAGGCCAUCACCUUUGGAAGAAAAACCUAAUUUUUCCCAGGUUCACAUAAUGGAUGAACACUGGCGUGGAGAAGCGCUUCGAGAGAAACUGCGGCACCGUGAAGAUCGGCUCAAGGCUCAACUUCGACGCUGUAUGUCUAAGCAAGCAGAAGUGUUAAUCAAAGGGAAGCAGCAGACAGAGGGCACUUUACACAGCUUGAGGAGACAAGUCGACGCGCUAGGGGAACUGGUCACCAGCACCUCUGCAGAUUCCGUAUCGUCACCAUCACCUAGUCCGUCUCAGCUGGAGUUUUCUUUUGCAGAGGACUGUCAGCUUGGACCCAGCCAGAGCUGUUUCCAACAAGUCCUACAAGGUCCAUCAAAAUUACGAGACAGUUACCGACACUGAUGCCAUUCCAAGCUUCCUGCUCACAGGGAAAAAAUGGUUCAGCCAGAUGAGGAAUACUAUCUUGCAUAAAUCUGAGGAAAGACCUCCACUACCUCACUAACUUCAUUGUUGGAAUGCCACUUAGUUUUUAUCAAGAUCCAGUGAAUUCAGAUGCUGAACUCUACUGUAGUUUAUCGCACUUGAACCAUUAAGGCCAGGGUUUUUGUAAGUCAUGUGCACAUAUGGGAACAGUUGUAUAAAUUAAAACAGGGUUCUAGAUUGCUGAGCAUUUUUAUUUUUUAUCUUUGAAAUGUGCUAUUAUAAAACCAAUGCUGAAUGUAACUGCAAAUUGGAAUCUAUAAAGCGAUAAAAUCUUUAGUUACAAAGAAAAAAAUAUACUUAGGCCCCUCUUCAUUCAGUGUCAAAGGUUAUUUUUGGAUUUUGCUUAAAAAUCUAUUUUCGUAUGAAAAUAAAAGGUAAAAUAAAUGUGGGCUAUCGUCUGACUUUACAUUUCACAGAUAUACAAUAAAGCUAUCAUAUUAUUACCUUAAUUCUAAGAAAUGACAAUCUUUCAAAUAGUUUCCUAUUUGUUUGGAGGUUGAAGUAUGUUGUACCUAUCAGAGAAUAUGUUUCAUCUUUUGAAAUACCUAUUAUAAAACUAUUACAUUUCAGGUUCUUUUCCUCGACCAAAACUUUGGUGGAAAAGUAGAGAAGCUGACCCAGGCAGGGUACAUUCAAACUGUGUUCAGACUUAAAAAAUUUUGAAGUACUGUAACUAAUGCCUCAACUCCAUGGUACAGAGAUACAUUAUUUCUCUAAAAAUAAGAAUAGCAGCUCUUGGUCAUAAUGAAGUGUGUGGCAACAGAAUUAUUCCCAUGGGAUAGUGAAGUAUGAAACCACAUGAAAUAGAUUAGGUUUUAAAAUAUUUCCAAGGACUCUUUUCUAGGCCCCCUAGACAACUUCUGAUCCAUAGCACAUAGUUACGCCAUGUUUCUACAAUACAGAAGAGCAGUGCAGUAAUCCUCAUCACUUAGGCUUAUAUUCCUAAAAAGUUGUUUGGCUACAACUGGACCAUUAAGAUAUGGGAUAAAUAUAGUACAAUGAAGACAAUGGAAGUGACAUAAAAUUUACUAGUACAUAGCAAGUUCUAGAAGGCAUCUAAUUCCAAAACAAAAAUUGAUUUGGUGGUAUCUUUUGUACUUACAUUCUUCUUGGUUUCAUUUUCACAAAUCUUAACAAAAUGCUUAAAAUCCUGGCCUAUUCAGUUGUCGAAAUCUUUCAGGGACACAUUUUCUUGUUUUAUCCAUGUACUGUAUGUGAGGGUAAAAUAACUUCUUUCUAAACUACCACAUGAACCCUCUCUAUAUUCCCAAAUAAACAGGAAAUGGAAGGUAAUCAUUAAGUCUUCUGUUUAAGGGUAGUGAACUGAACCACACAACCACAAAUAAAGAUCAUACCUCAAACAGUUGUGUGGGCAACCAAGUUCUCAAAACUUUGAGUCUUCUGGAAUAAAAGAAGUGAGGUAAUUAGUGUAUGAAGCCAAACACCUGGUUCCAAAACUUUUUUCCAAAGAAAGUUUAUUACCUCUGACUAGUAUUAUGUAUCAUCAAGCCCCCCCCCUUAAAAAAAAAAAUCAAGGUUAUUGCAUCAAAUACUUAUCCAUGGAAAAUACUUGAACAUUGUGGAAUGUCAGGUACUAAGCACCAAUUACUAAGCAGGAGGGCCUCCUCCCUCGUAGGUGCAAGGGCAAUGAGUAACCCAGAGAAGCAGGUGACCACAUAAGCAGUAAACUCUCAUAGAUUAAAAAUUAAAAGAAUUUCACAUUCUCUCCAAAGUGCACUUGCCAGUGUCUGGCACAUGAAUGUUACAAUAUGACAAUUUGCUCCUUUAUUUUUGAGCACCCAAGUUUAUUGUAGGGAAUUAAACAUGAAAAUUACAGAAUUUGGCCCCAAGUACAGUGAAGGGAGAACACCAUCAGGCACUAAAUGUGCUGAUCUCACACUGAAAAAGGUUGACUAAAAACACUGCAAGUGUGAUCUAAACACAAAGAUAAAAACUCAGUGAUGUGGAUUUAUAUGCUAUGUACUAGACUUCUCUAUCAACAAAUAAGGAUAAUUCUGCAAAAACUGACAACUUAUGCUAAAUAAUUGUUUACCUGAAGAAAAUAUGAAAUCCUAUCAUAGUUCAGAAAAUAAUACAAACAAUUUUAAUUUAAUCUAGAUACAGGUACUUUAUUUACAAAUAUUCAGAUUAAUAGCAUUUUGUUACAUCAAAUGAAGAGUACAGCAGUCUGAAUAAAUCCUGUCACAAAACAAUUAAGACCCACUGUAACUAACUUUGGAAAUCAGGGUAUUGCACCUAAACAAGCCACAGUCUUUAGUUUGUGAUUGCUAUCUUAUAUCCCAAUGGGUGGUUUGUUUUAUCUUUGUAAAUAUAUACACACACCGGCAGGUCAUGGUCCCUGGGUGAGUCCCUUGUGAUGCAACAGUGUGAGCAAAAUGGAUCACUGUAAGUCUUUAACAGAAUAUACCAAUCUACUCCAGGAAUCUUCUUUUUAAAGAAGUUUAAGACAAAUAAAAAUGAGUCCCCAAAUUAACCAAGUCCUAUUUUCUGCACAUUCCAGUUUUGGCUUUUAUUUAACGUUGACUAUACAAUACUCUGGUACUACCAUGUUUACAACCCAGAAAGUUGGAUUUUUUUUUACUUUAGUGUCUGUAAAGAGGGAUUUAAAAUGUGUAUUUUAAACACAGCAGUUGAGCUGAGUGUAUUUUAUAUAAUCUACCGAGGUUUACCUAUCCUGUACUUCAAUAACUUCUGAAUUCCCAGCCUGAUCUUUAACCUCAGAAAUCAGUUAACAGAAGUAAAGAACUUGGUAAAACCUAAGUUUCUUAUCUAAAGAAAUAAGAUUGUUUCCCUUGCAAUACUGUAUUCUUCAGUGGCCAAACCAUCUCAAGUAAUAACUUACUUUGUAUCAGCACAAACAUUGAAACACUGUUAGAAACACUUUCCCUUUUAUAAAACAAUUUAUGCCAACAUGACCAAAAAUAGCACUUCAUACUUAAGAACACAAGGGAUAUCUUAAAAUAUUUCACUGUAGUGUUAAAAAUGCACAAUUUAAAAUCCCUUAACAGCAGACCUAUGGUUCAGAAUCUCAACCAUUCCAAGAAGAUAAAGGUAUAAAAGCUUAAAAUGUGCAAUAAUAAACCCAGCCUUUUUUCUUUUUCUAUACAGUAAGGCAAGAAAUGCAGCCUGUAAUGCAAAAUGUUUACAAAAAAGAGAAAAGCAGGUUUGCACAUUGUUGAUUGCACAAGAACAGUUAAGAAAAUCUGCAGGUAAGCCACAGUGCAAAGAACAACAAAGAUGAGCUAGUGUUAAUCCUCUCACGCUAGGAGCUCUUUACAGCAUAAUGUCCCCAAAUUGCCAGCACCAAUGGGUGGAGCCAGUAUUACUUGUGAACUGCAGUUGUGUCUAUUUCCUUGUGUGAAAUGGAAGGGAGUAACAUGGUCACAUAUAGGUCUUACUGUACAAACUGGUAUUUUAUACUGUUCCAAUGCCAGUAAUCAAUUUAUUUUCUUCAUUAAAAUAAUAUACACAGAAUGUAUUGUUAGUUCAGUUCCUUCAAAAUUUAUACAUAUUUACUUUCUGCUAAAGAGAAAAGGAUAAAAUGUAAAAAAAAAAAAAAAAUAAA